AUCGGUUUUUCUCCUCCAAAUUCCAGUAUCACGUGAACCAUUUCGGCAUAUUCUGCUUACUUAAGCUAAACUCCGUGUGGAAACUGGCUGAGUUCAUUGGCAAGAAAAUGCACCGUGAUCCAUAUUGGCUCUGUAAGCCAUCCCUUUGAGAAUUCCAUCUCGACGAUGUUCAUUCUUUAAAUAUCAUCACCAUCCAAAGAACCAGAAGCACCCACGAACAUUGUUGCAUCUUUGACAUUGAUUGCCCGAGCGUCUUGUUGACGAGACGUAGCCUUCAACGAUGAGCGCCUCUUCAAGAAUUAUCCGACAUGCAUCGCAAACUUCUCUUUUGAGCGGAGCUCGCGCAUAUCCUCGAUCCGGUCCUUCCUCCGCGUACACUGCAUACCUUCGUCGCAAUGCUCGACAACUCCCUUCUCACAUUCCUGCAUUGGCCAUAUUAAUUCCCCGCCGAGGAGUUUCGACGGAUACCCAUACUUCAGGAGGUCCCCCGGGUGGACCACCUCCAGGAUUUAAUGCAGAGGAAGCAAAGAAGCCACUGAAGGAUGUCAAGAUCUCCAGCAAUGCGCCGUCGAAGGCAGCUGCUACACAAGCCGAGAAGCAUGAGAUUGAGCCUGUGCCAUCAGAUAUCGCCACUGCUGUACCAAAGACCGAUGCUACAGAGGCUUUGACUUUGUCAGAAUUGGCUGGUGCGAAAACUGCAGCGGAGAAGAAGGAAGCUAAAAAGGAAGAGAAGAAAUUGACUCUUAUGCAAAAGAUCAAGAAAGAGGCUGCACAUUAUUGGGACGGAACGAAGUUGUUAGCUACAGAGGUUCGGAUCAGUACACGUCUAGCUGUGAAGAUGGCAGCCGGCUACGAGCUCAGCCGAAGAGAGCACAGACAACUUCAGAGAACGGUCCAGGAUAUUGCACGAUUAGUCCCGUUCUCCGUAUUCGUCCUGGUCCCUUUCGCCGAACUUCUUCUCCCUGUUGCGUUGAAGCUGUUCCCAAACAUGCUUCCCAGCACAUAUGAAGGUCAAAUGUCCAAGGACAAGAAGGCCAGCAGCCUCCGAGCUACCCGUAAGGAUGUCAGCAACUUUCUCCGCAACACUCUCAAAGAGACUGGACUGCCAUUAAGCCCAGCAAAUGCUCAGAAAGAAGAAUUUGCUCAAUUCUUCCGUAAAGUUCGAGCUUCAGGAGAGACUCCUAGCCCUCAAGAGGUUAUCAACGUUUGCAAGAUCUUCAAGGAUGAUUUAACUUUGGACAAUCUUUCCAGACCUCAACUUGUCGGCAUGUGCAGAUACAUGAACCUGAACACUUUCGGAACGGACAUGAUGCUUCGAUACCAGAUUCGUCACCGUAUGAGACAAAUUAAGAGAGAUGAUCGCGCAAUCAGCUUCGAGGGAGUUGAUAGCUUGUCAGUACCGGAACUCCAGGUUGCCUGUCAGAGCCGUGGUCUCAGAACCCAUGGCGUAUCUCCUGGUCGCCUACGUGAUGAUCUGACUGCAUGGUUGGAUUUACGACUCAAGCAUGGCGUGCCAUCCACCCUUCUUGUAUUGAGCAAUGCAUUCAUGUAUGCUCAAGGAAAGGCCGAGUCCGAAUUCCAUACCCAGAUUGAUGCCUUGACUGGUGUUCUGUCAUCCAUUCCCGAAGAGCUGUUCCACGAGAUUGAACUCGAAGUUCACAAUGCUGAGGGUGCAGCCACCAACAAGCAACGUCUUGAGGUUCUCAAGGAGCAACAAGAGCUCAUCGAGGAAGAGAACGAACAAGAUGAGGAGAACAAAGCUUCUGGCCGAGCCACUCCUCGUGAUGACGAAGACAUUGAUGAGAAAGAGGAGCGAAGGCUCCAAGCAGCAUCGAACGAGGCCGAGAAGGACCAAGUCAGCGAGGCAGUUGCUGCAGAGAAAGAGGGAGCCGAGGUGCAGAAGCAAGAGGCUGCUGCGAAAGAGAAGUCAGCUUAAACUCAGCCAGUCUAUUCACUUUGUUUCCUUUGUCGAAUUGUAUAGCAUUUGGGAUACGGUCAUGCAUGAGGAUAAAUGGACGGAUGGAAACAAAUUAUAGAGAACCCCCACUAGAAAAUCGCUGUGCCUUAGAUUGCCAGCAUUGUAAAAGAAUCACCUCAUUGAGCCAUUCCC